UACUGAGCACUGCAUAAAGCAGGAUAAGACUACACAACAGUCAUGGAUCUCCCGAGCCUGGGACCCCAGGAAGCGCUGCAACAAUAACCCGGCCUGCGCACCCCUUCAGCGUCCCAAUGCCAGGGUUAGCAGGUUGGCGGGUGUCGUCUUACCGUCCCCCCAGUCGUGCACGGUGCCCCCUGGCUGUCGGUGGUGCUCGUUGCUGUGUGUGAUUACUGCCUUAGCUGGUGUGUGGAGCCAAGCCAUGUCUGGCAAACACCAGCAUUUCAAUGGGCCUGAAGUCAGCUGCUGUGUCAAGUAUUUCUUGUUUGCCUUCAACAUCGUGUUCUGGUUACUAGGAGCUUCUUUCCUGGCUAUUGGAUUGUGGGCAUGGGCAGAAAAGGGAGUCCUCUCCAACAUCUCAUCCAUCACAGACCUGGGUGGAUUUGACCCGGUGUGGCUCUUUAUGGUCACGGGGGCUAUUAUGUUUGUGCUGGGAUUUGCAGGCUGCAUUGGAGCUCUACGGGAGAACACCACACUUCUGAAGUUUUUUUCUGUCUUCCUGGGGCUGAUCUUUUUCCUUGAGCUGACUGCAGGGAUCCUGGCCUUUGUGUUUAAGGACUGGAUUAAAGAUCAACUCAACUUCUUUAUUAACAACAAUGUGAAGGCAUAUCGUGAUGAUAUAGACCUGCAAAACCUCAUUGAUUUUGCUCAGGAAUAUUGGUCUUGCUGUGGUGCUCAUGGACCCAAUGACUGGAACCUCAAUAUUUACUUCAAUUGCACAGACUCUAAUCCAAGCAGAGAGCGCUGUGGCGUCCCAUUUUCCUGCUGUGUGAAGGACCCUGCAGAGGAUGUUCCCAACACUCAGUGUGGAUACGAUGUUAGGCUGAAGCUGGAGUUGGAGCAGCAGAGUUAUAUUUACACCAAGGGAUGUGUGGGCCAGUUUGAGAAGUGGUUACAAGACAAUUUAAUAAUAGUAGCUGCAGUUUUUGUGGCAGUUGCAUUAUUGCAGAUUUUUGGGAUCUGCUUGGCUCAGAAUUUAAUUAGUGACAUUAGAGCUGUGAAGGCAAACUGGUGACACAUUGCCCUGAAUACCCCUGAGCCUCCUGGACACUGUAGCCUGCCUUACAGGACUGCGCCGUAACAGCAGAGACUACUCAGCAUGAACUGAUACUGAAAUACCUCCCUGUACUUCAUAGUAUUACUUGGAAUGUUCUUGACUGUGGAUGAGGUGACAAAUGCAGCGUGUUCUGUCCUGCUGAUUGGGGAACAAUGACGUCAGUCCGUCUAUCUGUGCAACAAAACCCACAUCAAUCCAUGCUUCCUCCCCUCCUUGGAGGGGCCGGCAUUGGAAGCAAAGUUGUAAUAUAUGUGCAUGUAUGAUACAGAAAGGGCAGUGUGACGGUGAUUUUAUAUUUAUAAAUAUAUUAUAUAUCUAUAUAACAAACAGGAGAGACUACACCCCAUCCGGACCUGACAUGUCUUCUAAGCCAUGAAUCUGGAAGGGACUACUCUUGUAUAAAAACUGCUUCCAGGGUGGUGUGGAGUGUCCACCUCCGAACCCUGGAUUGUCAAACACUGGAGCUGUUGCAGCUUUUAUCGUUUUUGGUAUUCAAUAGAGCUGCUGAUGUGCGCCUUUUUUUUUUUUUUUUUUAAAGGGGGAGGGGUGAUUGUCAUUUGUGUGCGGAUUUCUUUGUACUAGAACAGCGAUGUAGGCCUUGGUUGGCGACAUUGGAAUAAUUUUACUUGACCGUAAGCAAAGUGCUUAAGGUAUUCAUCAUAGUUUGGAUAUCCCCAUAGCACUGGAGGGAUUGCUGUACCGUAGUACCUCCAAGCCAGAUACGCAGUAGUUUUGGAUCUUCACCCCACCCCCUUUUCUUUCCAUAUGUGCUCACUUGAUAGCCUUGGUUUACCCUUAACAUAAUUGCUAUGGUAUGCUUUGUAAAUGAACAUUUACUGCCAUCUUAAUGAUAAAAUUGUUUACAAUUAUUUUUUUUUUUUCUAACUUUAAUAACUGCUAGCAGCCAGCUGUUUGUUCAUCAUCCUAUUUUAUGAAAAGCCUGGAUGCCUGACAAUAAAAUGGGCUAGUUGAUUGUAUUGGACAAAUCUUUGUUCCCUUUUAUACCUUUA